AGGUUCACUCGGGAUCAACCUGAGCGACCGUCAACAUGGCUCGCCUCUCCCCUCUCUUCGUCUCACUCCUCGUCACCAUUCUCUCCCUGGGAUUCGCGGAUCAUCACGGACACACAAAGCCGGGCGCCCCUCCCGUCUCGGCGAAGCCGGCCAUCUCUCCGUUCGUGGUGUCUCGCCUCGCGGGUUCCCAGGGGGACUUCGGCUUCCAAUUCUUCCACAAACUUGGCGAGGCCUCACCGGGCCAGAAUGUCCUCUUCUCGCCUCUCACCACCUCUGCGGCGCUCAUGAUGCUCCUGGCCGGCUCGGGCGAUAAGACAGAGACCCAGCUCACCAACGCCCUGCGUCUCCAAUUCCUCCGUGACCCGAAUCCUCAGGCCUCUUUCCAAGCCCUGGUCUCCAAACUGCACCAUGGCCGUGACAGCACCAACAUCGCUGCCCGCAUCUUCACCGCCAAACAUGCCACAAUCAAGCAGCAAUUCCUCGACGCGGUGGAGAAGUACUACAAAGCCAAACCGCAGAAAUUGAUCGGGAACAUGAAGGAAGACGUGGCACUGAUAAAUAAGUGGGUGGCCGAAAAGACGGAAGGACACAUCCCAGACUUCGUCAAAGAGCUUCCCGAAGAACUGCAGCUCUUUAUCGUGAGCGCCAUUUUCUUCAAGGGAAAGUGGCUGAAACCCUUCCAGGUUGAGUCUACGAGUCCAAGGCCGUUCCACCUGAGCCCAAGCAAUGAGACGCAGGUCCCCACCAUGUUUGCCAGUGGUUACCCCAUAAAGAAGGGGAGACACCCCAGCCUGCCAGUCACGGUCGCCCAAAUUCAGUUCCAGGGCAACACGAGUCUGCUUCUGUUCGUCCCUGACGCGGUGAGCACCAAUCUGUCCGCGUUGGAGUCGUCGCUCUCCUCCCAGCUCGUGACCACGCUGGUGGAGGAGACGCUCGUGCAGAAGAAGAUCGACCUGUAUCUGCCCCUCAUCUCCUUGGACGUCGAGAGCAACCUCGAGCAGACGCUGACGGACAUCGGUCUUGGAGAUCUCUUCAAGACUCCGGACCUCAGCAAGAUCUCGGACAUUCCUCUCCGUGUCUCCAAGGUCAUCCACCGUGCCACCAUGACCCUCAACGAGGAGGGAGUCAAGGCCACGGCCGCCACGGGGAUCAUGAUCAGCCUCAUGUCCGUGCAGCAUUCCGAGGAGCUGAAGGUGGACAGACCGUUCGUCUUCCUCAUCAGAGACGACGAGACGGGCGCUCUGCUCUUUGUCGGCAGGGUCAUGAGCCCCCCUCCCGUGCCCGAGAAGAAGAAGAAGGAGAAACACGGGGAUAGCUCCUCAUCCGAGGAGCAUGGCGGGGAGGGAAAGCACGGCAAGAAGGAUGGAAAGAAGCAUCACCAUUAGAAAGUGAGAAGUAAUUGCAGUCAGACCGGAUAAUUUUUUUCUCCGUGUGUUUCGAUCAGCACGGUUUCUCUGCUCACUGCCGAGUCAUCACGUCCGGCUCGUAAUUGAGUCUGUUUUGGAUUGGCCUCGUUCUCGCCGCAUUUGUUUAAGUCACCUCCCCAACUCAAACGCAAAUCAGACGGUGAACAAACCGCACGCUCCUGAUGAUUGGAAUGGUUCGCGCUAUCUACAUCACGCCGGGCAUGUUUUUUGUUACCGAUCAUCGGGCUCAUGCGGGCAAGCACCCUCAUUUGUAUUCGAGCGCGGGAGGACUGGUCAAGGUAGAAUAAUGGGACUGUGGUAGUUCGCGAGCACUUGCAUUUAAGAAACCCUGUCGCCGUGGUCGCAAACUGAUGUCGAAAAUGUCAUGUGGUGGUGUCCUUGCAUUUUUAAGCUAACACCGAGACGCGCGUGUCUGCUGACAAGUCCACCGAGGCGCUGUCUCACCGGGAGCAAUAAAAACUAGCCCUACUUGUUCCCUUGCUUGCGUGUGGAGCGGGAGGGGAUCCUGAACGAUCCAGGGUGUGCCACGGUGGCUCAUGUUGUCAAUUACCUCGCCUGGUAUGCAGGAGGUCGCGGGGUUCCACGCAGACCCUGAUGACUGCUCUCUCUAUGUUUGGAGUUCUCUCUCAACGUGGUCGCGUGGAUUUUUCUCGUGGGGACUCCGGCUUACCCUCCAAAUUGAGAAAAGUGUUGCUUUUUUUUGGGAGUAUUUGGCUGCAAUACAUUUCCUUCCACAU